AUUAGUCAGUCAGUCAGCCGCGAGCCGCGGUGAACUGAAGGUGUAGUGAGUGUUUCUGUGGGCCGUCGGGCCAAAAAUGGCGGAGCGUACGAAGACGACAGCCCCGGCCACCCGGCCCGUUCCCAUGAAGCUGUUUGCCUCCUGGGAAGUAGAUUGUACUGCACCGAACUGUAUACCCAGAAUUAUGGAAGAAACGAAGAGAUCAAGCGUUCGCAUAAUGCGCGGAAAAGUAGCAAAGAACUGCAAAUGGUUAUGCUCGUUGACCUUGACGCGGCUGGUGAUUUUACGGCCAUUAGGCUCUGAUUUAACGUCGAUUAGCAUCGCGGUGAAGAUGCAGAGCUCGAAGAGGACGUUACGCUCCAACGAGAUGGCCAUCCCAACCGGUGGCAUGCUGGACACCGAGCUAGAGCUGCAAUUCGCGCUUCAGUAUCCGCAUUUCCUCAAGAGGGACGGCAACAAGCUGCUGAUACAACUGCAGAGGAGAAAACGCUAUAAAAAUCGCACGAUGCUCGGGUACAAGACGCUAGCCGAGGGAGUUAUCAAUAUGGCUCAGGUUCUCCAGAAGCAGAUGGACCUGGAGCUGGAGCUAGUGUCUGACAAGGCGGAGAAGUACGGCGGCCAUUCGGUUGUGUUAGCCCGCGUGAGCGUGGUCGCGCUCAGCUCCCAGCCAGUCGACCAGGACAAAAGAUUGAUGAACGACCCGAGCGAGAGGCUCUGCCCCGAGUAUAGCGACGAGGAGGAGGAGUUCAGCUCAGAGGGCGAAGCGGAAGGCAGCGACAGCGAGCCAACUCUUGAGAUGGGACACAGACGAAAGAGCCGGGCGAAGAUUCCACCCAACGCCAGGCAAAGAAAUCUAAAGCAGAAAUUCAUAGCACUGUUGAAAAGACGGUUCAGGGUAUCCGAGGACCUCGACCAAGAUCAAGAGGAGAUCGGGCAAAAGCUGUCAGACUCGUUAACUGGAUUUGUUAAAGGGGCAGAAAUGGAAAUCGAGGAACUGUUCGACGAAUUGGAAAAUUUUUCAGACAGUGGCCCCGAAUUGGACACGAUGUCCGUCAGUAGCACGCCCAAGCCGUCCCUGCGCCCCUUCUUCAGCUCUAGUCGAUCGCUUCUCGCGCCACCUCAUUCCGUAGUAACCAACGAGGAGACCGGAAACACUGCUGCGACGGCCAUAGGUCAGCAGAGCGCAGGUCAGCCAACUAAAGAGAAACAGCGUGUCGGACACACCACUCCAGAACGUGGCGUGGAUAGGCAAAGUGACGAUAGUUCCCGAAGAGCGGACAGCGACUCGCACCCGGAGAAUUGGACGGAUCAUGAGGCGAACGAUCCGCCGAAUUACGCGACGGGCUCGCCGCCCAAAUCAGAACAGCACAACAAGGCCGAGAACACCGACAAACGGAGCAGGCUUUUUACUCGCGACAGAGGCGUGCCGGCCACCAAUAAGUCCAAAAAGCAUAGCCUCAGUGUGGACCUGAAGCCUCCUGCCGACUUGAAUAGCUCGGAGCCGAGGAAAGCGUUGGUCGAGCAAUUAAGCCGGGUCUUACCGGAUGACAGUUUGCCGGACGCUGUGUCGUUGGUAUCGCUGGCUGAUCCUGGCGCGGCUGUGCUGGCCACGAGACUUCAAGAGAGGAACCACAGGGUCCUGACGACCGCCUCUCCGGCGGACAUUCGUGCCACGUUCACGUGUUUGGUCACGCGAAUACAGAAAUUUUGUAACAGCUCCGCUAAGCCGCCGGCACCGAUCAAAGUAGUCAUUGCCGGUGGUGACGGUUUCGUGAAUGCAGUGCUCCGCCACUACGUGGAUCAGCUAAGUUUUCGACCGCAGAAUUAUCUCAAGUUCUUCGUCGUGCCUCUGGGCUCCAAUACGUUGUCCAAAUACCUUGGCUCCAUAGACGCCAAGUACUCGAUGUUGUUCGGUGACGAGUGGAAAGAAUUGUUGGAAAGGGAGGGUGGUGGCGCGAGCGAGGGUGCAGCCAGAGUUUCCGAGUAUUUGGCUUCGGCUGGUACAACCUUGCUACUGCCGAUUGCGGAAGCCAUGGUUACCUACAGAGAAACAGACGACAGCAGCCAAAUCUUCAUCCCAUUCAUAAACGACGUCCGUGUGGGCUGUCCGGACAGCAGUUCCUCCGCGUCGGUUGACCUCGAAGAGAGCAACGUGACCAUGUCUGGCUCUCCACCUUCUCUGCCACCCCCUGUGUUACCUGUUCCACUUCCUGGUAGGUUAACGCCACCAAGCAGCCCGAACGUCGGUCAACCAACGAGGGAAGGCUGGGAACCGGUCGAGUUGCAACUCGAUUAUUGGAGCAAGCAAACACAGGGUGAAAAAGGCAAGAACACAUUGAGACAGGCGUUUAGGGCGUUACACGUUCAGAGACUUCCGCCUCUGGGUGAAACUCCUGGCCACUAUUUGUCCAUGAACUACACCACAAAGGAGAAGAAACAAAAAAUAAUGAGACUGGGUAAGAAGAAAGAGAAAGAGAAGGAGAACGAGCCAAAGAGUCAAACGGUGGAAGGCGUGACACGACUUAUAUGCUCUGCGAAGACUCACAACAUUCCAUUAAGAGUGAGCAUCGACGGUACCGAGUGGUACGGCGUGAAAUUCUUCCAACUGUCGGCGCAGUGGCAGACGCACAUCAAGACGUUCCCGAUAGCGAUGUUGGAGUACAGCCCCCAGCAACAAGCAGCGAACCCCACGUAAACGCUUGCCUCGUUCCCGUCAGCGGCCAGACGUUUCGCCAGAUUUCGUUUGUGUUCAUGGAUAUUGCCAAUUAGAAACAACCGCUUAGCUUAUCGCGCAAAACCCGAAAGCCAUGAAACCCACGGAACGUCGGAAAGUAGAGAAAAGAAAGGGAAGAAACAGCGAGACAGAGCGGAAGGUAAUGCGCGAUAGAGCGCCAGAGUUCGUACAGUGGACAGUCCGCUGCUUGGAACCGCAAGUCGUUGCAGCUUGUACAGGCUUCUACAGUGUUCGUUUAAUCGGCCCAUGGUGUCGCAUUACGCUCGGGUCGUUCGUUCGAUUACGUUUCGAGAAGCGGAGAGCAAACUUGGAAACUGUGCGAUCUGUUAACGUUUUUGCUGCCGACUGUCCCAAGGCAAAGAGAAGCCAGAAACACAGAGAAAGAAAGAGGCGCGUCUCUUCAUCGCGCGUGCGAACAGUUCGCUAAUAGUAGGCGCGUAACUGAGUCGAAUCGAAGGUCGGUAGACGCAUAACGUCAACAAACAUAUCGUAUUGCGAUUAAUAUAAGAUAACGACGAUGACGAUGGAUCUCGUUCGUUACGCGAAUGCCAUACAGCGAGGGAACGUGCGGUUACAUCGUUAGGAGCACGAUGUCUGCAGCGGAAGCGAAUUGCACGAAUAGGAUAUUCGAUUUUCCCGCCGAAAGCGAUGGAUCACGAAGAAUCGUUCGGGAACCGGGUUCAGCCCCCACUCCUUCUCCUGCAUCCCCACUCCCUAGCCGUCGACGCGUGUACAUAUAGAAAUUUUUUUAAGGACAAGCAUAGGAAAAAUCGAUCGAUUUCGCCUGCGAGUCGAACUGAUACGCGUAUUUGCUAAGAUAGUUCUUCGUCUAAAUCGCGAGGUAGCGAAGCAAAGGUUAGCGUUAAAUUAUGUAUUUAUUUAAUUAACGUGUAUUCUAUAUACAUAUACAUAGGUGAAUAUAUGUGUGUGUAUGUACACACAAGUGAUGUAUAUAUACGUGUGUGUGUAUACACACAUGUGAUAUAUAUAUAUAUACGUGUGUGUAUACACACAUGUGUAUAUAUAUAUACGAUCGCAUAUAGCAAUGGAGCAUACAGCGACAUUAUCGAAAGAAGUCUGUGAUACAGGCAAAACAUUUCUCUUAGCGCACAAACCUGUUGUUUAGGAGAAGACGAUGUAGUUUCGCGAAUUUUCGGGAAGUUUUCCCCGGGGAGAGAGAGAGAAGAUAGACGAAAAGGAAGAGAGAGGAAGAGAAGAAUAAUAAGACGAUGAAUACGAUUAGGACGAUUACGAAUUAGCUCAUUAGUUAUUGUAUACGUUAUACUCCUUUUCUCGUUUAAGAUUUCGACAUAUUUUUUGUAUUCCAUUUUAUAGACUUUUAGCCGAAGGCUGCUGUAGUUUAAAUACUCUAUUUUCAGAUUUGAUUAUUUGAUACUUGAUUCCCGCUAGACGACCUUCUCACCCUUCGAUGUAACGUAUAGAGUAUACUCAUCCGCGUAUUAUUGUUUAGCCGGUAGAAAUAAAAGAAGAAAAAGAAAAAAAGAAAAAGAAAGAGAGGGCGAGAGUGAGCAAGACUUAAUAGACGUAAAUUCGUUGGAAAGACGUAGACGAAGGUAUUAGGGAAUAGAGAAAAAGAAAAAAAAGAUAUCGAAUAACUACGUUCUGCUUAUACCAUCGAUCGGUAAUGAAAUUAUCGUGGUAAAAUGACAGAAUCGAAACACGCUCGCGCGUUUUCUUCCUCCUUUCUAAUUACAUUUAUUGAUUAAUGAAUUUCAGUUCAAAUCGCCGUUAAAAAUCAACCGCCUGUCACGCGUUACAAGUCAAGUCCGUAAGUCCCUCUUGUCCCUCAGAAGAAGAAGAAGAAAAAAGAAAUAGAGUCAUAUCACGACGAAACGAUAAAGACUAACGUUUAAUACUGUGGAUAAUAGAAGAAAAGAAGAAACGAGAUGAAUAUACACGUAUCAUAAUUUGCACGAGAAGAAAACGAGCACCGUUCGAACGAUAGCUGCGUACAGCAGUCACGUACUUUCCGAUUUCUUCGUUUUUGGAAUGUAGCCUCGGAUAAGCAGGAGAAUAGACGAGAAAGAAGAAGGGGGAAAAAUUAGAAGGAACGACGCAGCAGCGCUCUGCUCGGUGUUUCCAGCGACAUAUACGUCACGCUGACUGCCUAAUGCCAAAUCGAAAAAAGAAGAAGAGAGAGAAAGAAAGACACGAGCAGAAAUAAAGAAAAGAUAAAAAACGGAUCGUCCAUCCGAUCAUUCGUUAAAUUCAAAGAAAAUAUAUUUGAAACGCGAGCAUUCUAUCACUGUGCGUAAAACAGCGAAGAGGAAGUCGAUAAUAACGUCCUAUGAUACAUUGACGAAUUUACGUUCGCCAGUGUAAAAUUACAGGCAAAAUCUUUACCCUAUGCCGGUACACGUACACGUAUACACACUCGCACACGAACACACGCAUACCAUACGAUAGUACGUACUCUGUGUCCCGCUCCCCCCUCCUGUUCUCUGCUAGUCUGCAAUUAGUUUGUAACGAGUAUCGAACUGUGCAAAACGUAGUCCUACAUUUCACAUCCUUAAGCGGCUGAGAGCAAUAACCCGUUUUCUGCGAACUACCCCGCGAGAUACGUAGUUGAUUUGAAUAGCAGCUCGAGGCAGUGGCAAGUUAUUGUCGAGCGGCGCGUGUGUACGUGGCAACGUUCUGCUUUUCGACACGUGAUGGCCUUCCGCGAGGCUGUACUGAGAGAGAAAAAGAUGGAAGAUGAUCGGAGCGAUAAGAGCGAUCGGAUAUUCGAAUUCGAGAGAAUCGUGGAUGAGAUUGGAUCUUCUAAUUAAUUGCCAAUUUCUGUCUUUUAUCAUUCUAUUUUGUGUGUGUGUGUGUGUGUGUGUGUGUGUGUGUGUGUGUGUGUGUGUGUGUUUAAUUUUUAAUUCAUUUAAAAAAAUUCAGUUGCGAAAUCUCGCAAGAAAAAAGAAGUUUUAUUCGACACGUUGCGCGAUCCUUUUUUACGAGAGUGGCACGACUUAGAGGAAACGUGUUGGUCGCGCGGCAUGUCCUUUAAGGUCCUUUCACAACGAUAAGCUCGAGAUGAACACGACGUUCGUUCUUAUUUUAAAAGUAUUGAUAUAUUUUUCUUACUAUCGCUGGAUUUAACAAAGUAAUAUUUUAUCGUAUCGAAGUAGACUCGUUGGCAACUUUCGAAGAGCCGAUCGGUCCGUUCGAGUUGAGUUAGUUUGGCGAAAAAGGUGCGAGGGGAGGGAAGGCCGCGGUAGAUCAAUCAACGUUUGCACGCGACCCUCGGGAAAGACUUUCAAACCCGUGUCAGUUUUCAGUGGCAAGCGCACAUUAUCGCGAGAAAUAAGAGCGCGGUUGAACGCGACAAGUCUAAAAGUCUAAAGGAAAGAAACUAUGCCAGCAGGCCACGCGAACGAUGAAAAGCCAACAAAGAGACGUUGUUGCGCGCACACGUACACGCCAUAUUAACUGCCUCGUUGUCAGCUUCAUUGAACGUAUGCUGAAUCGUUUUUCAGCGAUCGAACCUGCCAUACGAUGUACAUAUAUAUAUUUCUAUAGGUACAUAUGCAUAUAAAUAUAUGUAUAUACAUAUGUAUAGAUACUAUGUGUGUGUAUAUAUAUAGGGUGACCCAUGAUUUUUCAGCAGCAUAUUCUACGGAUAGAAAUAAGAAGAAGUUUGAUAGGAAUGUAGACUCGUAAGCACUUGAGGAAAAAAUUCAACAAAAAAAGUACGAAAUAACGCGAGAUUGAUUUUUCAUUCGACAGGAUGCCCGCCGAUGACUAUGUGUACUCAUUUACGAACGAUUGAUACUAAGCGUACGAUGAGAAUGUUGUCACGAAGCUUUCCAUAGGUCUACGUUUGUAUAAAAUUGAUUAUUUUUAUUCGAAGAACAUACUCGCGUCGUUUGAACGAAAAAACCUGAGACACCCUGUACAUAUAUACUCGCACAGUUUGAACGAGACGUUCGAGAACGUCAUUUUGCACGAUGGCGUUUUGCUUUUCUGUCAGAAGGCGCGUUCAACGAUGUCUCUUAUCGAUGUAAUUUCGACGGAACGCCAAAAAAGAAAAAAAAAGAAAACAAUGAUGGAAAAGUUUCAAAGCCGAUAAAUUUGUUGCGACGAACAGCGACCGGCCGAAUGCAAGUUCGAUCGUGACACGUCGUAGGAGACGACGCGCAGUGGUCGAGAAUCCGAAUAAAUUAAACGGACGAAGGAGCAUACUUCCGGCCACACCGGAAGCCUGGCUGUAAAUUGUACAACGCAAAGACUAAAACGUUUAUGUUCGCGCAUAUCGUUCCGUAGCUGGUGGAAGGGACAUAGCGAAGUCAGAAUAAGCCGUGUGUUACGCUGUGUACGUUACAAGAAUCGGAACAACAGUCAUUCAACGCGUCGUUGACUGCUCUGUGCGAAAACCAACCUCUCAACGUACAAGCUUUCCUUUUAUUCCCGCAUCGUUGAUAUAGACAAUAGUGAAAUUUUAUGCGACAGUAUAAAAAAAUGUAUUUUUCAAUAUAAUCUACCGUAGCUUGAAUCAAUAAAUAUCGCUGGCUAAAAUUGCGAAACUGUAAAAGAUCGCGUCUUCGACAGAUUAACAGGCGCCACUGGCUAUUUCCAUAAUCGAAGAGUGCCUGUAGAAAACGCUAUAAAUUGGAAGAUUUUGUUUUUUUAUUGGACCAUGUUUCACAUACCCACGAAGAUACUGUUGUAUUAUUAUUAGCAUCGAGUAUUACUUAACGUCUGAUCCAAGUGCAAUUUCCCGUUCCAAAUAGUUCUUAAUAAUAGCAGAAAAUAGUGUGACAAGGUCGCCUCUAUAUAGAGAAAUAUAAGUGCCAAUAAAAAUUAGUUAAUUGCUGCUUGGCUUUUGUCUAUGCUAUUUAUCAGAAUUAACCAAACGUUGAGUUCUCCUUGCAGCUGAGAGACGGCGCGUACAGGCUUUUCUACGAAUACGGUUUCCUUUUUCGUAAACUUGAACUAUUAUCGGCAACUAAGUUGCGAAUGUUGUCAUUACCACCUAUGACAAAAUCCGCAGUCACUUAGUUGCCAACCCAAACAUGAAUGUGUAGAUUCCUGUUUCCUUCCUCGAGAGCUUGUUCCUUGGCACCAACAGCUUUUCCUACGAGCACUCUGCAAUUACUAAAUGAACCUAGCAUAAACCUAGCAAUCGUAUCCAAGUUACUUCUGUAAUACGAAUAUUCAACUUUCUGUAACCAGAAUUAGAUUAAAAUUCAAAAAAGAAUAAAAAUUAUAGACCAGCGAUAGAUAGACAUUUCGUUACCACACAACGACAAAGCGACAGUACAAUAAUGCAGUGCAAUAGUACGAUGAUAUGACGUAAGAUGGAGGCAUCAGGACAGAUGAUCAUAUGGCAUAAAUGUACAAUUUGAAACUCUAUAACGUUAUAGAGGAUUGAUCUGCGAUCUCGCUAUAUCGUUUCCACCAACUGUCGUACACGCAUACCUACGCAUAUUUAUGUCUUACGAACGUAUUCAGUGUUGAAGCAGAAACAAGUUCUUUUAAUCCACGACAGCGUGUAAAGAACUUCGCGUGUCCCUUAAUGUUCCUCGAUCUCUUCUCCUCCUAUUUUACCUUACUUCCUUUUGCUUUUAUCGUUGGUUCGCCAAUAAACGCUUGCGUCUUCUUUCUUCUUCUUUUAAUUUCGACUCGUCCAAGAUGUGCAAUUAAUAAAUAAGCUUCGUAAUACGAGAUUUUAGCGUCUUUAGAGACGUGCGACGAUACACCCGUGACGCGUGCUCACGGUCUCUGUUCUCCUUCCCCUUCCAUUCCUCUCGUUGCACUCGUAGCUAAACUGAAUGGAUUUAUGAAAAAUUGAAACGUAGAAAAAUAUACGAAACGUGAGAACCUAUGAAACAUUCAAAGCAAACUGUCUGCGACAGACGACGAGAACGUUCGUUUACUUGUCCUGUUUCCUUGACGCACGCGAGAGUUGAAAUUCAGUCGUCAGAUACCAAUCGUCCGCGGUCGACAAUAGCAUCGUAAGAUUCGUCGGAGAAUUCGUUCCCUUGAAGGCUGCUACGAGCAGCGAUCGCUGCGAACUUCGACUCUCGAAGAUCUCGAUUCUAGUCAAAACGCAAGAUUCUUCUCGAACGAGGUAAUCGGUACCGUCGUCGUACGAAUCCGCGAUGUGGCGAUCGAUCCACGUAACGAGCAUCGCCAUUCAGUUUCGAAUUUUCCAGCGCGUUUCCCGCGAGUCUCGUGAAGCGCAGCAGAAAAGAAUGGAUCGAUAAAUAAGGUUGUGUCAGACGAUUGAGCGCGAGGAUGCGAUCGUUAUGGACCGCAAGGACCGUGAGCACGUACGCUUGGGCCGCAAUACUCUGCGAAAGCGUUUGCUACGAUACGAUUAUUGUUUUCGUCAGCGUAUAGUAAGUUUCGACACGUGUGGGCAGCCAGGCCCAAGCUCAAAGCUUACAAUAAUUAAACGAAAAAAAGAGGUAAUUAAUAUAUAUAAACAUAUAUAUAUACACACAUAUCUAUAUAUAUAUAUAUAUAUAUAUAUAUAUGUCUGUAUAAAUAUAUACGUGGAGCGCGUGUUUUUCGGUACCAGAGCGCAGCGAUCGGAAAGAAAAAGAAGCGAAAUAGGAAAAUAAUUAAAAAGUGAAUUAAGCGAGAAGAAAAAUGGAUCGGUCAGAGAUACAGCGUUUGACUUUCACGGGCGUUCUUAGACGUCUUUAUUGCGCUUACGACGGCCGAUGUCUAAACUGUACAUGUACAUAUGAUUAACUUGUUAUCAAUAAUAUCAGAGAGUUCAAUUAAAAGGGCUGUAAAACGCGUGUGCCGGCUUCCCGCGCGGGAAACUGGCAGCAACGAAAUUGAUAGAGGACCGACAAAGAGACAAGAUGGAGGAGGCAAUAUGGCCUCCGCGUGUAUCUUCACGAGCAAAGUCACGUUUUUCCAUUUUCUUGCGCGUUCCCGUCGCGAGAUCUUUCGCACUGAUUUUACAGUUUUCCUCCUUCUCUUCGAGAAUUAAGUCGGCGAGUAGCACGACGAAGCUAUGGAAGAAAAAAACCGUUCCACGAAUUCUACGCGAACAAUUAGACUGACAAAGAUAAGACGUGGUGGUUUGUUGAUAUUUGAUACGCGUGUCGACUGUUUCCAGGUAUCUCGCUCUACACGUUUGCGCGUUUCUUCUGUUUCACGCUUUUUCUCCAAACGUCAAAUGUACAGAAUUUUAUUACGCACGCAAUAUAUACAUAUAUAUAUCGUAGACACGUUUUAAACAUAUUAAUUGUACGGAUCUCGUUACGGACCUGGCAAUAAACUUCGUUCGCGGCUGAAACGAAUAAUUCCGCCCAAGUUUCUAAAAUACAAAUAACGCGCGAACGUUCGUGCCGUUUCUCUUGAACCCUUUUAUUCCCAAACUAGAAACUACGUUAACUAUAAUUGUAUUAGUCGAAAAAUUAUAUUGACCGUUAAAUUAUUCAACGUAAGCGAUUUACGGAAAUAUUUCGCGAACGAGGAUAGAGGAUAAAGCUAUUCGCAAUUUUUCCCGAAUUGCUCGUGAAAUGAGAUUACUGCGGAAGCGAGAGGAUCAAAGGCGAGCUUUUUUCAUAAAACUCGCUCGACCAACGAACUGCGAGUAAACACUGUAUCAUUAGCGAGGUCCUUUUGUUAGUUGCUCUAAAACGGGGUUGAAAAGAACAAAAAAAGAAAAAAAAGAUAUCACAAUGAUCGAGGAAAAUUUUGAAGGACUCGAAGAAUUCGUUUCUUUUCUUUUUUCAAGUUGAACGUGAAUACACACGCGUAGAUCGGCUGAAGCAAAACAAAGGAGGAAAGAAAGAGAACGAGAGAAAGCAGUGAAAGAAAAUAAAUUUCUAAUAAGUGAACGCUAGCCUUCUUUUUAAUUCAACUCCCCUAUUGUUGAUAUAAUGAACAUGAAAUACCUAUAUGUGAUAUAUAUUAUUAUAAACAUAAUAUUCGGAUACAGGAUAUCAUUGUUAUUAAUCUAUAGAAUAAUUAGAGACGGCUUGUGUCCUGGGCGUAACACGUGGUCGUUUUAUACUGUGAACGCUGUGUAAUCGUUGUACAGAAUAUUCUCUCUGUUUUUCUUUUUUUUCUUUUCCUUUUUUUUUUCUUUUUUUUUAAUAUAUUACAUGUACAUAUGUAUACAUAUAUGUAUACACAGUAUAGUACCGUAUGUAUAUGUAUACAUACAUCUAUGCAGAGUACAAUAUAAAACGGCAAAAUAGAUUGUAGCUUCGUUUCAUAGAGAAAUAUACAUAUAAUUAUUCGUCUAGUGGCAUCCGCGUGAAAUAUAUUUAUGUAUAUGGUUUGACUUUCGACGCUCACCCACGAUCGAAGAUUCAAUAAAAGAAGCGUGUGAGGAUCGUUGUUCCAGCGACGAAACUGUAAUCGCAUUCUCGUCGCGUGCGAGUCGUCUGGCGUGAUCUUUUGUAUUUACAAAAGACGAGAAAGAGGGAGGACAUUGAUCGAUGAUUCCCAGUCGCAUCUCAGGACACAAGUAGAUAUAUAAUGUAAUUAGAAAAUAGUGAACAAAAAGUAAACUUGUGGUAAUAACUCUGUAUGCUUAGAGAAGGAAAAAGAAACCGAAAGCAACAAUAAGAAAAAGUUACAAUUUUAAAAGGAUAAAAGUGGAAAAAAAAAACUAUGUUGUUGAUGUUUGUAAGCUUGAAAUAUAAAUGUAACGCAGUU